ACAGAACGGAAGGUAAACAUUUGUUCCCUUUCGGUCGGGGCCAUCGUCUCUGCAGCCUCAACGCUCCUACAAACAAAGAAAAAUGAAGUUUCUGAAUCUUUUUGGACGCCUAAAAUCUGUCGUUAUCGGAAUGAUUCACGUCAAGGCGUUGCCAGGUACUCCCCUGGGUUGUUUGAAAAUCUCUCAAAUCACAGAUGAAGCAUGCCGAGAAGCAGAGGUCUAUCUUGAUGCAGGGAUUGAUGGUUUGAUUGUUGAAAACAUGCACGAUGUCCCUUAUUCAUUUUCUGUGGGCCCUGAGGUGUGCGCCUCUAUGACUGCAGUCUGCUUGGCUGUGAGAAGCGUCUGCCCAACCCUGCCGCUUGGAGUGCAGAUACUGUCUUCUGCUAACCAGCAGGCUCUGGCUGUAGCUCUGGCCUCAGGUCUGGACUUCAUCAGAGCAGAGGGUUUUGUCUUUUCUCACGUGGCGGACGAGGGACUCCUGAAUGCCUGCGCUGGGGAUUUACUGAGGUAUCGCAAGCAGAUUGAAGCUGAAAAUGUGCAGAUCUUCACAGACAUCAAAAAGAAGCACAGCUCUCAUGCCCUGACGUCAGACGUGACCAUCAAAGAGACAGCUCGAGCUGCAGAGUUCUUCCUCUCAGACGGACUCAUCCUCACUGGAGCAGCGACUGGAGAGCAGGCCGACCCUGCAGAACUCCGAGAGGUCUCCCAGUCUGUGAGAAUCCCAGUGCUAAUUGGGUCCGGAGUGACGUACGACAACAUUGAAAGCUACCUCGAUGCCCAUGCAGUGAUUAUUGGUUCUCACUUUAAACUUGGGGGUCACUGGGCCAAUGCAGUCGACCCAGACAGAGUGAAGAGGUUCAUGGCAAAGAUACGAGACCUUCGACAGUGAAAGAUGUUUUUUCUGUGAUCGUCACAAUGUCUUCAUCAUGUUUAAAACCAUAAUAAAC